AAAUGUUUAAUUUACUUUAUAAAAUUUAUUAAUUUAAAAAAUAAAAUUAAUAAAGAGGUCGUAACUUGAUGGAACCAUGAACGGCAAACCGAUCCAUGGUAACACUCUGCGUGCCGUCUGCCAAUAAUAAGAAAAGUCGAAACAUUAUUGACUAAAGAUAAAAUAGAACAAUUUAAAUAUAGCACAAAAAUACAUAUAUUUAUAAAAAUGUUACAUACAUAUAAUUAUGGUAUACGUAUAAUUACGGUAUAAAAAAUUUAACAUAUAAAAGUAAUAAAAUUUUUACAGCAAAUAAACUAAAGAAAAACAGAAUGAAUUAGUUUUUUGAUAUCAUGGUAGAUGACACUGUAAUCUUUUCCUCUACUUGAGUAUACACGUGAGAGGGAUAACGUUAGAUAAGAACAGACAAUGUAACCAUAUAUAUUAUCGAAUUAUUUUCCUGUCCCUGAAUUUUUUACAUCUGCCGUCGAUAGGUGACUAAAAUAUACUAUAUUAAAAUUUGAAUUAAAAAUUACGAAUAAAUUAUGAUUUUUCUCAGCACAUUUAACAUUUCUUUACUCUCAAAUUAUUUGCUUAUCCGCUUGAAAUUAGCCCUUCCCACACAACCGCUUUUACAUGUUCAAAGGGUAAAAGCGAAAGGGUCAGGUACGAGCGAAAAGUGUAAUAAUGCGUGAUCGAACAAAGCGGAGCCUGACACGAAACGCAGCGCAUGACCACGCGGUGGCACACCGAUAACACGCUCGAAUAAUAAGGAUAGCGCCCAUAGAGGAUACAGGGUUGGAUACGCACGCGUGAGCUCGCGUUCGGGGUCCGUCUUCCGUUUCCAGUCCGGUCACUAUGACGCACGAUGUGGAACCGAGUCGAGACACAGUAGACUAUGACGGUUCUAGCGCGCUAAAAAUUUAUUGCAGAUAGAUGGCAACUAUAGACUCACAAUCGCGCUCAUUAAACGAUUUUAAAUAAAUUCAGCUUUAAGAGGAUGCUAAACUGCCCGUCAAAUUUGAUCGAGGUCGACACGAUAUUUUAUCACCCAUAUAAAUUUUUCCUCAACAAGUUGAAUCUAUUAUAUCACUAUUAUAAUCAUACGCGCGGUGAUCAGCGAUGAUUAUAACGUUGAUAUACGCAUUAAGUAACGUCAUACAUAUAAGUUUCAUUUUACUUUUAUUCCUAUGUUAUUAUUCGCGCGUGCACAUAACUAGUUAGUUACAUUUUCAUAAGAACAUCAUAAUUUAACAAUCGCCAUUAUAAUCGACUGUCGAACUUUCAGCUAAGGGCAAUUUUACUUUUACAGCUCCUCAUCAUCUUUUUUGUAACGAACACGUGGUUAAUUCUGAGAGAGAAAACUAUAUAAUACUUAUACGAUCCUUAAACAACUCUAAUUUGCGUAAUAAUUGUCACAUUUUUGACUUAUCAGACUUUUAUAUUUACAUAGGCGGUCUUACGAAUACAUAAAUUAUUACCGAGUAGGAAAAAAAUAAUUUUUAACGGGUUAAUUUCGCAUUAUCUCGCGGCGUUCCGCGUCCUGAACGUUCACUCUAUUUACCGCGCGCACUUUCUUUCCGCGCCGCGUACUUCGUCGUCGCGCCGCACUACUUCUCGAACAUAAGCCCCUUUUUGCGAAAAAAACUGACAUUUCUUCUUUCAGCGAAAGAAUUUGAUGACCACUUUUACAGCAGAUUUUUGUAGAUUUUUCAUGCAGUUGCAUUGUGUGUUUCUAAUAACUUUCUCCCAUUGCGUAUUAACUUGAGCUGCCGUAUGGUGCAAUAAUACAAGUAUUACAGUCGUACUUCAUAGGUUUUUGUUAUAAAAGAUAAUAAAAGAAUUUAUCUUUCAACAAUUUAAUACUUAUAUUAAUAAUGAUUCUCUUUCAUUUAUCAAGGAUAUAAUAAAUAGUUUACGUAUAAAUUUAUUUAUAACGUAUAACGCUAAAUGUUUCUAUACCGGAAGAUAAUAUUCUAUAUAUAUUAUAUAUUUAUAUAUAUGAUCUUACACAUAUAUGGGCUAUUUUUUUUUAGGUGAGUUUAAAAAGUUUGCAAUAAGAUAUUUUAUAGACGAUUAUACACUGGCUCAUUAAUGACUGAAAAUUAAACAGUUGUUUAAUUUUCAAUCGUUUACUCGAUAGAAAUUAUUCAGAAUACAAUUAAUAAACGGAUAUUAAAUAAUAAUAAGUCUGGCGAGAAAAAAGGACUCGAGUGGGUGGAAUAGUUCAACGAUCGACCACAAAGAGCGCUGCGUCGGUUACGUGGAGAGAUACGAUCCUUUGAACUCGAAGGCGGCUCAUUCGGUCGGUGUUUACCGCUACCGAGUAGAUCGUGCGCACCUUUACGCGAUUGUAAUCAUCGUCAGCUACGUCAGUGACAAGUAUUUUGUUCGUCAAAUUUUGUGGCAGCAAAGACGACUCAUCGAGUGACAUUGCGCGACGCAAAGUGAACCGACAGAGUGUUCAAUUAUUAAAAAAAAAAAAAAAAGUUUGAAUUUAAUAAAUAAAAACAUGAAAAAAAGAUUUUAUAUGAUAUUAAAAGACUCGUGUUGUUUCCGCUAAGAAACCAUUGGUUUUCGCUGCGAGAACGUGACGAGCCGAUAGCAUUGGUGAAAGCACUCGGGAUCAUUUCGAUCGGCCCGCGGACUUUCGCGCGGUUAGGCACGGUAAUAAAAUGCGAGCCUCGGGCAUGCUCGCGCCGCUUCAACGGAUUUCCGAACGGGAGUGAACGUUCCGUGAUUACGAGUGAUUUACCACGAUCGAUCGUCGAUGGCGAAAUCUGAGGCAGAGAAUGGUGCGUUUAUCUACGAGCGGGAUCUAUGACUUGGAGAACGUAUAGCGCGGGUGUAUAUCGCGCUUUGCCAAUUGUGUUCGAUCUUGGAGCGUGCACGUGUUUCUUCACGUGUUGCCGCUCACGCAGAUCAUUUUUUUCGAAGGACGUGAGCCGAAAGGAUCACUGCAGCUUUAAGAGUCUAUAAGGAAUUCCCGCAAACACAUUCGAACCUAAUCCCCAUAAAUAUAUUCGACCGUGCACUUAAAAAUGCGCAGAUUUGUAAGCCAUUGGAUUAUCAGUGUGCUCACAUAAAUCUCUAAAUUCGUGCAUCUUUCCAUCUACGCAAGUCGUACAUCGGAAGAUAGCCAUUCUCGAAAACGAAUCUUCUUUCCCUACCGUUAAUCGACGAUGUCUUGAUCGAGUCGAUCGCAAGUCUUCUGGUCCUGCAAAGAUGAUGCACGAUCACUUGAUCCGUCUACCGAUAUUCCCCCUCCUCAUCCUCCUCCACGUCUGCAUUUUUCACUCCUUCGUCUUCGGCGAGCAAUAUUUUAUCGAGCAGCCGCAGCUCUAUCAGGAAGUGUCAUCCGGGCAUGAUGUCAAGCUGCGUUGCGUAGUGAAAAACAAAGACGGCUUAUGCCAUUGGCAGAAGGACGGGAAACCGGUACAAGUAUAUCCUGGCAAGUACGAGUGGGUGGAUAACCGCGACAGCGGCGACUGCUCGCUUACGAUAAAAGAAGCUAAUCUUCUCUUCGAUGACGGCUUUUGGGAGUGCCAGGUCACUUCCAGCCACUUUACCCGCCAGGACUCGCUCACGUCCGACAAGGCCAGACUGCUCGUGAGGGUAAAACCUAAAGAGCCUCAACUGGAAUUAAGAGGAAGCACUCUGGGCACCACCCUAUCGCUGAAGGAGACGCAAGAAGAAAUAAUUUCCUGCGUUUCAAAAUAUGGAAAUCCACCCGCUCUCAUCAAAUGGUUCAUAGGGAACCGCGAAGUGGAAUCUUUCAAGGCGCAGAGCAACGCAACGGAAGUGGAUAAUCCAAAGACUUGGGCAGCUCAUAGUCUUCUAUUGGUGCGUGGUCACAGGCAGCAUCACGGUUUACCGCUCCGAUGUGUGGUCAUACAUCCAGCGAGUUUAACACCACAGAGCACAGAGACGCGACUGGAUGUUCAUUAUUCACCGGAAGUACGACUUGAGACGAGUCCGCAGCCGCUUACGACCGCUCUAGAGGCCGUUCCAGAGGAUUCGGUGAGCUAUUUGAACCUGAAGUGCUUGGCGGACGCAAAUCCAGCCCCAAAUAUCAAGUGGUUCAAAAACUCGAUGCAACUCGACGCGUCUUUGUCAUCACCGACGUCGUUGACGCAAAGCAAAACGAUACCACUGAACGACAGCGUAUGGGGCGCCGAGUUGCGCUUCGAGCCGGUCACGAAGCAAGACGCCGGCCUGUACACGUGCAAGGCGACGAACAACAUCGGUGAAAGCGCACCCACAAAUUACAGGCUCGAUGUGCAAUAUAAGCCAGAGUUGAAGUGUACAGACGAAAACAAUACAAUCAUGGACAUGGAGGAAACGGCACAGUUGGGCUCCAAUGUGGACCCCUUUGAGUGUCGCGAGUUUGAGGCCAAUCCGCCCGCUCAGUACAGAUGGGUACAUCUCCGUGGUAGCCUGAGGGAGACAAUUGAGAACCGGGUACAAAACAAGGGCGGCGGCCGACGCCUGCAUCUCGAAAACAUUAUGUGGUCUGACGAGGGAGAAUACCGUUGCUUCGCCUUCAACACGAUCAACGGCGUCAGACGGGAAACCCAAGACAAUGCACGCUACGUGUUGCACGUGACUGGACCACCGGAGAUCCAGGUCAGACGGUUGCCCGGCGACAGGGACUUGUACGAGUCCGUCGGAUGGGCCGGUGAGCCCGUGCACAGGCUCAAGUCUCGAUUCUGCUCGCGACCGCCACCGAAAUUAGUCGCUUGGCAGUGGGGCAGUUCUCACCUUCGAGCUGGAGAAAAUAUUCAUCCGAAAUACGAAGCUCUGCCGUUAGAACCUAUCGUCGAAGACAAAGUGGUGACUAAUUGUUACUGGGCUAAGAUGGAAAUCAAGGAUCUGCGAAAAGACGAUGCCCGAAUGUAUACUUUAUUGGUGGAAAGCGAGAAGGGCCGGGACUCGACGAACAUCAGAUUGAUAGUGAGAGAUCCCACGGAAAUGCGCGUGAUAGCGGCAACGGUGGCAGUUGGUCUGUUGUUCCUGUUGUUGCUGAUAUCCGUCAGCGUGUACUCGCUUUUGAGGUUACGACGUGGACGAUACCGGCAAAAGGUGGAGGAGGAGGGUAGUAUCGCAGCCGAUGCACUUUACAGUAAUGGCGCGUCAAUGGAUCAGCAAAAGUCCAUCAAUUCGUCUCACGCGAAGGCUUUCACAAGGAAGUCCAGUUUAGACGGCGGUCAGGGUGUGUAUGAUUACAGUCGCAUCGCAAAGCAGACGCGUGCUAUGAGCCCAGAAGCACUGAAAGUUAGAAGAGCACCGGCGGUCUUGCAGCCGCCUACUAUCGUGUAAAAUACAGAUCCUAAUCUAUUUCGUUGACAUUGUGUCUCUUCCCUCAUCGUUGAAUCUUGCUUCUCCUAGCAAUGGAUUCUACUUUUGUUGCAUUUAGAUCUUCUUCCCUUAAUCUCUUCCAUCAGUCUGCUUCUCUUUUUAAGCGGACUCUACUUAUUUUCACGAUUUACUAUAGAUUACAUAUGUGUAAAAUCAAAGAUACUUUUUAAUCAUUUCAACGACGUGAUAUGCAAUGUAUAUAUUUGUAUCGAAUAUUAUAGUCUAAUAUUUAUAUAGAGAACUCUUGACAUAAGUAUUCUCACGAGACUGUCUACUGUUGCUGCGUAUUUUCGUAUCGCGCGCGCGCAUGAUAUGAACAAUUAUUCAUUUUUUUCCUAAAUUUAAGUUAUUUGUUUUUAUAUUAUGUCGUGUGUUCAUUGUAUUCUAUCAUAGUAAGAUUACAAUAACAAUCUGUCUAUUCGAAAUACAGGCAUACCGUGAUAAGUAUUGUAUGAAGAACUCGCGUACCGGUGCAAAGUAUAGUCCGCGUCGUCGGAGCGGAACGAAGCGUAACUUUAAUAGCGGUCGCAUCUCAGUGAUUUUAAUGGCGGUUGCGCGACGAGGCGAGAUCAGUGUAAAACUGGACCUCACAACUGGAAACUGUUAUAUACAGUUCUCCACUAAUAUUUUGACCAAAAAAUGCGAUGUAAGAAGAAACUCUGCAUCUCAAAUGAGCCUCUUGUUUCGAAAAUAGUGCAAAACAUUAUUCCGACUUUAUAUACUUUCGAAAUAAAUGGCUCAAAUAGGAAAUAAGUA